AUGAGUUACAUAGUGGUGUCGGUCUUGAUACAAGUUUCACUUUGCCGCUUAAUACUGGCAGCCGUGCCACACAGUCAGGUAUGCUCAUAGUAAUAGGUAUUUGAAAGUUAGUCAUAACAAUAUUACCAAAUUUAUUAACGAAUGCACGUAGAUUUAAACCAUGUUUAGCUAGGGGUGUUUUCUUCCAGAUAACUGAGUUGAUAGAGCCACAGGGUACUAACCAGCUCAAUCUGUGAUGUACUGUACGGGUAACCAUUCUCAAUGAAUGAAAACUUUAUCACAUAAAUGUCAUAAUACUACACGGGUGAUAACCUUUGUGGAGUUUAAUAUGGAAUUGUGCAUGUAUACUAUACUAUACUAAUGAUAUUAUAUCGUAACUAGGAUUUUAGAUUUACCGACUCGACCCCAAUGGGGGGGAGGGGGCAAUAUUCCUCCACAAAAUGUUUCAUCUUCUAAGGGUUAGAGACCCAUUUCCUUCAUUCUGCAAACAGUGACAUAAUGACUAUCAUUUUAUAGUCGGGCGCCUCCCCCCCCCCCUCCCCUCGGUGUGACCACUAUGUGCUACCCUCCCUCUUGUGUUCACCCAACCCAGUGUUGAAUGAGUACAUUACGGACGUUUGCCAUGGAUACACAAGCUAACCUAAUUAAAGUAAUACAUAUACAUAGUUUAGAGUUGCAGCCUCUCAGUUUAACUUGUCAGAUCACUCAUAACCUGCAGUCAUUAUUUCCCACUCUUUCUCUAGAGUAAUUAUUCAAAAUGCGUGGAGGAAGUGCAAGAAUUUAACACAAAAUGUGAAAUUUUCGUGAAAGACACUAAUCGAGAUACAAAUAAUGUUUGUGAAAGUCAAAGCAAAACUAUGAUGUUGAAAUGUCAGAAUAUUAGAAUUAAUGGUGAGUAGUCUUAUUAUAAUAAAAGAGAAUUCUGAAAAUUCUUGUUGUAAUUGCUAUUUAAAAUGGUGUUCUAAGUAACCUAUAUUCUAUAUUAAGUCUAUUAACCCAUUAAAUGGCUGGCAAUGCGCCCUACUUUAUAAUUUUGCUCUGUCUCAUGCCAGACAAUUUUACUCAUCAAUGAGAGAGCGCUGCCACUCAAAGGGUUAAUGACUGCUUAAACCUUAACUUGACAUAUUGUUUUAGAGGAGUGCCAGAAAUGUUUCGAUACUUUGAACGCACUGGUCAAAGAUUGUGCUCAAUUUUACCUGCCAGCGACAAAAACAGUUGAAUGUAUUGAUCUUAAAAAGAAGUUGACCGAACGCUGCUCAAUGAAAUGCCCAGGUUUGUACAUAAUAAUAUUUAGAGCGCUGCACCAGAAUCGCAUGAGGGUCGCAGGUUCAAAUGCUGCUGAAGGACUUAACUUUAACUUAAUUAAGGUCCAUUUCCACUCAGGAAAAUUUUCCACAGAAAGAAAAUUGUGUAAAAUGUGAUGGCUGACACAAAUUUUGCGUUGCAAAAAUUUUGAAGUUGAAAAUUUUCAGCUUUUAACAAAAUACUUGCGAUAGAUGAACCAGGCGGAAAUCGUAAUCUUAGGAUAUAUAUUAAUGCCCAGCAUAAAACACGUAAAAGAGCCAUAAGAGAGCCAUCCUUCACGUGUGGUUGCUGUUCCGCAACGUAUUUGGGCCAAACGGUCCGUCACUUGCACUCACGAGUUUCUGAACAUUUGGGUGUUUCUCCUCUAACAGGCAGUAAAAGCAGCAAUCCGACCAUGUCUAGUAUCCUUUCCCAUUUUGAUAGCACUGGUCACUCCGCCUCUCUUAAUGAUUUUAAGAUUAUUUCUUGUUGCUCUUCUCCAGACGAACUCCUCAUUCGAGAAAGUCUUCUCAUUAACAAACUCAAACCCUCUCUCAACUUACAAGGCAGUUCGGUCCCUCUACCUCUACUCUGAUCCAUUCCUCUUUCUACUUUUGUAAUAUAAUAUCUUGUAAAUAGUUGUAAUUUAUUCAUAUUUCUGUGUUUUCCGCUUUGUAUGUCAUUGCUCUGAAGAUGUCUUAAGUUAAAGACGAAACGUUAGCUUUCAAAUAAAUAUUUUAAAUUAUAUUUUUGUUAUGGCUUUUUUACGUGUUUUACGCUGGGCAUUAAUAUUUAUCCUAAGCUUUUAACAAUGAUAUUUUCGGAAAAUUUUCUGUCCGUGGAUAUUUUUCUUGAGUCGAAAUGAGCCUUUAUAGUUGCAGUUUUAGUUUAUAUAGUUUUCGCUCGAUAUUCCAAAAACUCUUUAACACUUAUUUGGAAUUACACUCUUAAAUUUUCUUUUUCUUCAGUUUGUCAUGACGAGUUAUGUAGGAACGGAGGCAAAUGUCGAGAUGCUGAAUAUAUUUUCUCGUGUCGUUGUCCUGGUCAUGUCAAGGGCGUUCACUGUGAGACAAGUACGUUUCUCGUUGUGCAAGUUUAAAAUCCCUUUGAGUAAAUGACGCUGUGGUCCCUGUACGUUGUGAGAAACGUAGGAUGCAUGCAGUGUAUAGUUCGGUCUAGGUGCAUGUACCGAUUGAAUAAGGAGUACAAGAACUCAAGAUGACUCUUACUCUUGAACCUUUAUAACGGGAUGACGUCAUGACAGUGUUGAACUGGCAGAGCUAUCGAUAUCCAGUGUAAAUAGACUCAUUGCACUGACGCCACAAAUCCUUAGAGUGUCCUCCAGAUGCUCCCUAACAAUAUCUGUUCGGGUAAAACAACCACAUACAGCAUUUGCUUUGUUUACAAAAGUUAUAUUAUGCAUAGAUUGCUAAUUUCAGUAAUUUGUCCUCCAGAUGCAUCAUCAACGGCGCUGUGACGUCAUGUGCAAUGGGUCUAUAGAAUUAGUUUAGUUCUGGUUUCCUCCCAAGGUUACAUAAGGGAUGGGCCCUUCUGCACCUCUAGGGAAGCCAAUGUAGAACUGAUAGAGUUAUCCACUUUAAAAAAGGUUAGUUUAGUUUAGGUUUCCCCCUGUAGUAACACUGGAGCAAAAAAAGGUGUCGUCCUCACUGAACCUCGAUAGAAAACAGUGCAGGACUGAUAGAGCUAUCCAGUAUAAAUAUUAAUAAAGGUUGGUUUAGUUUAGUUCAGUGGUGGAUCCAGCAAAGUUUUUAUUUGGGGGGGGGGGGUGCUAACCAAUGGCGAAACGAGCACCAAAGGCGCAAGAUUUCUAGGGUGGUCCGGGGGCAUACUCCCCCGGAAAAUUUUUAAAAUUUGGGUCUCUGAAAUGGCAUUUCCAGCAUUCUGAGAAAACAUUCUGGAAAAUUUUUAGAUUCGCAAAACAUUUAAAAAUUCAAAAUAUUUAAUAUUGGCUAUUCCGCUAUUGUCAACUAGUGAUACGCAACUGAAUUCCUUAACAUAAGUUGGUUAGAAUUAGGAUAAACGUAAUUUUUGCACCCCCAUGCACCCCUGUUGACCAGAGCCUGGGGUGCGCCACCCUAAAUCCACCACUGGUUUGGUUUAGUUUAGUUUAGGUUUCCUCCUGAGGUAACAUUGGAGGAAUAAGAGAUAACCGUUUUGGACCUCUACAGGGGAAGAGUUUAGAACUGAUAGAGCUAUCCAGUACAAAUAAAGUUAGUAAAGUACUAAAAUUAUCUUUUGUCUGUCUAGGUCGAUGUUCGCAGCCUUGCCAAAACAAGGGUAUUUGUGCUGGAGAUGAUCUGUGCAGCUGUUCCUAUCCACACACUGGGUCCUUUUGCAACCGCGUAAGGCUAGGUAGUAAAUAUAACCCAGCAAGGAAUGCCAGUGAGAUACUGCAUGCUGGUGAUAGUCUGGGCAGUGGUAUGUACUGGAUCCAACCUGACGGUGAACCGCAGCCUGCUUUCACGUAUUGUGACAUGAAGUUUGAUGAUGGUGGAUGGAUGCUGUCAAGCUAUGGUUAUGUGGAGAUUGAUGGUGAUGAUCACAGGAAUAGACUGAUGUUAAAUAUGAACCAUCCUCAUGGUUAUCUGUGGUUGCCACAGCAACGGAGCUUCACACACGGAGUGAUAACAUUAAGCAAGGGAGCCACAUUACUUGCAAGGUAGAUAGACAACUCAAGGAUUACGAUUAAUAUUUCUGUAGCGGAAAUUUACAUGUGCGUGGAUAUGAUCAAAUGCGUUUUACAUCAAGUAUUAGGCUUACCUAAUUACUUAUUUAGCCUAGACUGUUUAUCUUGACAAUGGACGACUUGCGCUUUAGACUAAAUUUUAAUCUAAGUAAGAACAACGAAAUCUAUCACCACAACUAGAAAGAGCGUCUUGGAAUUAGUAAUAUUACAAAGUUUGGUUGCGAAAUGUUGUAAAAUACGGAAAAUAUAGCCCUUCAAAGUUGGCAAAUUUGUAUACUUUUGUAUUACGUGCGUGAAUUGGUAACUAAAUUAGUUACCAAUUUCCGCACGUAAUAGAAAUGUAUACAAAUUUGCCAACUUCGCAGGGCUAUAUUUUCCGUAUUUUACAACAUUUCGCAACCAAACUUUGCAGUUUUUCUAAUUUUGAUAACUUCUUUCCAAAAAUAUCCUUUGUUAUUCCCAGAUUAAAACUUUUUCUAAAGCGCAAGUCCAUUAUGAUAUUAAUAUCUUAACUGUGACAUGUGUUUAUCCUAACCCACCCUGUCAACUUUCCCUGUGCAUGAGAGGAAACCGGAAUUUUAGUUUUUAAUAAGCUUUCGUACAUUUAUACGAAGAGUUAAACAAAAAAAACCAACAAAAAAACAAACAACGUAGCAAGCUCCAAUCAAGGUUUAACUCCGAAAUUACAAAUUAAUUGGUCUAAAAGCAUAAAUACAUUUGUAAAAUUAGAAAUACAAACUUAGAUAAUAUAUAACCUUAACAACAUAUUGACAAACUAGACAUAUUAGACAUACUACAACAUUAAAGCACUGACUAGUCCAUGUUCUGAAUGUGUCCACAUCAAAUAUAUUUGACGUUUGUGUGAUGUUACUCUGAGUGUAUAUCCACACCGGGCAGGCUUGAAAAAUAUGCCUGUCCACGGUGGGAUUCGAACCUACGUCCUUUGGAAUACUAGCUGUUGGAAGAGCAUUGGGCAAGUAUUCCAAAGGUCGUAGGUUCGAAUCCCACCGUGGCCAGGCAUAUUUUUCAAGCCUGCCCGGUGUGGAUAUACACUCAGAGUAACAUCACACAAACAUCUUAUUCACCUGAGUACAUUACACCAACACCGCAGAUUUCAUGUAUAUUUGACAAUGUCCCCCAAUUUUUUUUUUUCAACGGAGCACCCGGAGAAAACCCACCGACUCUUUUCACAUGAGUUCCGGUAGCGAGAAUCGAAGCCACGAACUCGGAGGCGAAACGCGCUUGUUCCGAUCACUGCGCCAUUGAAACCCUAUUGAAAACGUUUAACUUAUUCAAAUAUUACACCCGUUUUCAAAAUUACGCGACCUCCCUGAAAAAUACUCCUACUUCAAAUGUCAGUUUUAUGUCACAAGAACUGCUAAAAAUAGCAAACGUGAACAAACUGUCUAAAGACAUUUUAAACCGUAUUUAAUACCAAAACUGAACAAAAAUGAGUCAGAUAACCUUAGAUAUACAAACUAAAGCACAAUACAAACCAUCACAACAUAAAUAUGUGCCGUGAAUGACUUUUAAAGUUUGAAAAAUUACAAUUUAUCCUGGAAUAUAGCUGUCAGUAUAAAACACGCGCGCUAGACUAUAACAGUGAUGUUAUGAUUUUGUCGUGCUUAAAUUUUACAAUAAUUCUCACUAAAAUAUCUUGAAAAUCAUUGUAGUCUGUUUAUAUAAAGCAUACAAAGCAUAUACAUCGACAAGGAACCGCAAAACUCAAAGUUUGAACUUCGUGAUCGAAUGACAUAAAACUGGCAUGUCAACUCUAGCAUUUUCGUCUUUGGUCGCAUAAUUUUGAAAACGGGUGUAAACAAAAUAUAUGGGUUUCGGUCAGCACAGAUCGUUGUAAAUAUUUCCUAAAAUAAUUGUUUCUCUCGUUGCAGGUCUGCUACAUACAUGAUAAUGGCUGCGGGUAAUAACCCACGCACGGGUGGUAUUGAUGAAUAUAAGUAUGUCUACAGAAUUAACCUGUGUAAUAUAACUCGGAAGAUCACAUUUGAUAACCAUAACGCAUACCAUGGUGCUUCGGGGUCACGUAAUAUACCACGCAUGCAUCUGCAAACUUUUACCGUAUAUGGUCUUAAGGGAGACUUGAAGAACUACACUCGCUUCUCAUUAGCUGAAUCGCUUGGCGUCACGUCACGUGAUUCGUUCCCAACAGGAUAUGGCUUUUACGAGAGGAAAGAGCAGUUUGGAUUUUUUGGCAACGGGCCGUUUUUUCCCAGCAUACACUCUGGCUCGGGUAGAGUUGACAGUUUCCGGUAUGGGAAGUGUCGCAGUUUUACCCCGAAUGUGGAGAAGACGUGCUAUAGGUUCAGUUAUAAAGGGUGGUAUACCGCUACAAGUGUGAACAACUAUGGACAAAUGUCGAUAUGGUUUAAAUAA